ACAAAUCGGCCAUAUUUGUUAAUAAUAGUAGGCUGUCAGUUUGGUCAGUUGUGGAAUGCUUUUAGUUUCAUGCUAGUAAUUUACCUUGUGGUUUAAUUUAAUAGUGUAGUUCUUAAUUUAAUUAUCAGUAAAUAUAGUUUGAAGAGGUGUGUUGAAGAAUAAAAAAGAUGCAGUCUGGUAGCGGGACAAAAAAUCCGCCAUGGGCCCGGCCAAAUGUAAAUACAAAUCUGACCGGCAUGAAUCCACAAAUCAUGGAUCCUAAUGCUAUGAUGACUCAACAAGGAAUGAUGCAGUUUCAACAAACUCCAACGGUAUUUAAUCCAAGUAUGAUGCAAGCGCAAGGAGGCAUGGCGAUGCCUAUGGCAGGGCAAAUGCCAAUGAACCAAAUGGCUCAAAGUCAAAUAUACCCCGGUAAUGUAGUGGCGUACCCUACACCACGUGCCAUGAAUCCUGGUAUAUAUCAGAACUCUCAAACAAACCAAUCUCAAUCCUCUAAUGAACAGCGUGUAUUCACUGGAACUGUUACAAAAACUCACAAUGACUUCGGGUUUGUAGAUCACGAUGUCUUUUAUCAGACUUCGGUCUGCGCUAAAGGUGUUAUUCCUAAAGUUAAUGAUCGUGUAUUAGUUGAAGCCACUUAUAACCCUAACAUGCCUUUUAAGUGGAAUGCAACUAGAGUACAGGUUUUACCCAAAAGUGGACCUAAUCAAAAACCUAACAACAAUCAAAAAACCAACUCUUAUAAUGCAGUUCCACCUCCAUCAAACAAGAAAACUUUACCACCUCGCCGUGAAGAAAGACCAGCAAGACGAGAAGAACCAAGGAAACGAUCUCGUAGUAGGAGCCGUUCCCGUUCAAGGCGUGACAGUAGAAGUCGUAGGGAUUCACCACCCCGUAAACGUCCUGUAGUACAUCAGCCUUCCCCUUUUAAAUAUGUAGUUCGAGUGCCUCGUAUGCCAUUAGACAUCCAAAAAAUUGAUGUUCCUGCAUUAUCACAAAGGUAUUCUAACUUGUAUGUUCCUUCAGACUUUUUUAAUGCCAAUGUGAAAUGGGGUGAAACUUUCCCACCGCAGUAUCCAUUUUCUUUAAAUAACCCAUGUGGAUAUCAUAUUAUGGCAAGGGAACUUGAAAAUCCCAAUGAAAAUAUUGCUGUUUUAGAGCCCCCAGAUGCAGACUACAGGUUUUCAGCUAAGGUAAUGCUAAUAAGUAUGCCAACAUUGGAGACCUUGUAUCAAAAAUGUGGCCUAACAAAAGUGGAUGAAAAAGAUAAGCGCCCAAGUAAAUCACCAUUGCACCCAACAAGACUUAUUAAAUUCCUUGUUGGCCAAAAAGGAAAAGGUGGUGAGAAUUUUGCUAUCGGAGGACCAUGGAGUCCCUCAUUAGAUGGUGAAAACCCACAAUCCGAUCCAAAGGUUUUAGUGAAAACUGCCAUACGUACUUGCAAAGCUUUAACAGGCAUUGAUUUAUCUUCUUGUACACAAUGGUACCGAAUGGUGGAGUUUUACUACUGGCGCGAAGGCAGCGCUGGCAAGUCGAGGCUCGAGUGUGUGGUGUUGUUCCUGCCCGACGUGUGGUCUGCACAACCAUCACGUAUUGAGUGGAGCAACGUUCAGGAGCAAUAUGCCACUGCGUGUGAAAACGCCUUAAGGAAACUCGAAAACCCGGCGGACGCAGAGUCCGGCGACGGCGACGCAGCCCCAUCGCCGGCAACGGCAGCGCCGCCCUCGGUGCCGGCGGCUGCGGAGGCGGACUCCGCUCCAGCAACAGAGAUAUCACAAAUUGAAAAUGCUGAUGCCAAUAGUACUAUAACAAUUGAUGAAAAUGAUGAUGAAGAAGUGAAACCUGAGCCGACUCAUUAUUCCAAAAUAGAUCUAAAGACAAUAAAAGUUGAUCAGCUAAGACAGGAGUUGCGGGCACGUAAUGUUAGUUGUAAAGGAUUACGAGGUCAAUUAGUAUCUCGAUUAUCGAAACUUAUCAAAGCAGAAGAAGAAAAGGAGUCUAAUAAAAAUGACGACGUCAUGGAAUUAGAAGAAGAAGACCAAGAGAAAAAGGAAUCUAAAGAAGAACGAAAUGAGGUAGAAGAAGUAAAAGAGGUGCCUGAAACAAAGGAAACUGAAAAAGAAAUAGAGGAGAAAAAAGAUAAUAAAGAAGAAGAGAAAAAAGAAGAACCAAAGGUAGUUGAGAAAACAGAAAAAGAGUUGGAGGAAGAAAGAAAAAAGCUUGAAAAAGAGAAAAAACUUUUGAAGACCCGGUAUGAGCUACCCAGCACACCACAUAUAAUUGUACAUCCCUCGCAGACUGCCAAAGGUGGCAAGUUCACUUGCAAUGUAGCUACACUAUCCCUGCUUCUUGAUUAUAGAAUCACUGACAACAAGGAACAUAGCUUUGAGCUUUUCGUAUUUGCCGAGUUAUUCAAUGAGAUGUUGAUGCGUGACUUUGGAUUUUACAUCUACAAAACCCUUUAUACCCUUCCUGAAAAAGCAGAAGAACCUAAAGAGAAAGACAAAGAUUUAAAUGAUAAAAGUUCAGACAAGGGAGAGAAAGAGAAGAAAGAAGAGAAAAAGGACGAGAAGGAAAACGAUAAGAAAGAUGAGAAAAAGGAGGAAAGGAAUGACCGUCGAGAUGACAAGCGGGACGGUCGACGUCGACGUGAUUCACAUAGCGACGAUGACCGUAGCAGCUCACCUCGACGCCGAAGCCGUGGCGUCGAAUUGCCACCGGACCCAUACUUACUUCUAUCCCUUGUCUACUUUGACACUGCUCGUGGAGGGGUUAUCUCCAAGAGUGAUUUGCAGAACCUAUUCAUGAGUCUCGGGUUGGCUCUCUCCCGCUCCCAAAUCAGAGUUGUACUGGAGAAAGUGUGUGUGAAAGAAAACUUUAGUUACAAAAAUCUCAUCCAGGCUAUAAAGGAUUUAGCAUCGGGCACCCCAGAAGCCAUUCAAGACUUACCAUUGGAAACCACCAUAUCCACUACUGAAGUUCCUUCUCAUAUUGCUGACCUUGAGGCCGCUAUUGCAGCAGGUAACAGAAAUCUGUUGCCAGUGUUCAAUAGACCAAAUGAUGGUGAUGAAAAAAGAUCUGAAGAAACUAAAGAUAUCAGUGAUUCUGGCGUGGUUAUGUACAAAUCUCGUGUGAUCGACGUGGGAGCUUUAGUGGCGGCGGAGGCUCGCGGUUCAGCUCAUCGCGCCAAACUCGAGUCGGCACUGGAACAAGUGCGGGCCGCUCUGAAGGCCGCCCGUGCAGCGGCGGUAUCGACGCAACAAGCGGAGCGAGGGGCGCAGAACCAAGUUUCAGACCUUAGCGCUAACCUGGCGGCCGCGAGAGCGCGUAUCGCCUCGCUCACGGCGAGCUCAAAAAUAUUCCAUUCCACUUUGAAGAGUAUACAGUCGAAGGUAGAAGCUGUCGUCAAUAUUAAAUACGAGGACGACGAUGUGGUUGAAAUCGUCAAUGGCCCCGCAAAGGUAGAAAAAACAAUGAAGAAAGAAACAGUUGCUGAAGAAAAACCGGAGACAAAAAAAGUAAACGAAAAAGAAAAACUUGAAGAGUUUAAAGGCAAAGGAAGCGGAUCUGAAACCAAAACUGAAAUAACCAAGGAUAAAGAAUGUGAUAUUACGACAUCAGAAAAUAUGGAUAUUGAUGAUAAAGAAUAACUAACAAUAAUAAUAAACUAUGUGAUAGUAUCGUACAAAUAAAAUUCAU